AUGGAUGCACCGUGUCCCAUCAGCAAGUUUGAUUCUGCCAAUGGCAUCUUUCCGGAAUGUAUCGUCUGGACCUGGAUUGCGGGCUGCACUCAGUGUACUGCAGGAAUCGUGGGACACAUGGGGAUAACCAACUCCAGAGGAGAGGUUUGGGAGUUGAUCGGUGUUGGUGCUGAGCAGAACCAUGGUCGGUUGGCUUUCGGACCCAUUGUGCGCUACAUCCCUUUGAGCCCAAAACUUAUUGGGAGGGGCACGUGCGAUGAGGGAAUCCAGCGAGCCAUCGAGAAAUAUCGACAGCAGAGUUGUAGCCCCACGAACAAUUGCCAUUGCUUUGUAGCUUGUUGCCUAUCGGAGAUGAGAUAUUUGUACUUUCCCUUCUGGGGCUGCAUUUGGCCACUCCUGGCAGUCAUGAUGUGGAUCUGUGGACUCUUCCCUUGUCGCUGGCAGAGCCCUGCGUGUUUGCUCUCCACUGCUGUGGCCACCGCGGCGGUUGUGGCGAUCAUCGUCUUGCUGAGAUAA